UUUCUUCCGUCUUACGUCAUAGCGCGCUCCUGCUAUGCUUUUCAACACCGGAGGCGAAGACAGCAACAUAUGGGUCAUAUAUAUUCUAAUUUGCCGGGUGUAGUCGAUAAGCGCAACAUCUCCUUCGUCACAAGCCUGUUCCUCGUCAUCACGACUCAGGUGUUGCGGUACGGAUGGGCAGGGUUGAUGAGGAAGUACGUGGUGGAGCCUGCGCACAUGUGGUGGCCGGUGAGCCUGGUGCAGGUUUCUCUCAUGAGGGCGAUGCACGAGAAGGAGAAGCGGUGGAUGACGCGGGGCAAGUUCUUCCUGAUCGCGCUCAUCUGUAGCUUCGCGUCGUACAUGGUGCCGGGGUACCUGUUCCCGACGCUGACGGCCGUGUCGUGGGUGUGCUGGAUGUUCCCAAAGUCGAUCACGAUGCAGGAGAUCGGGUCCGGCCUGAACGGGCUCGGCAUCGGUGCCUUCACCCUCGACUGGUCUACGAUGGUCUCCUGGCUGGGGAGCCCGCUGGUGACGCCCUUCUUCGCCACCGCCAACGUCCUCGUCGGCUACGUCCUGCUCGUCUACAUCAUGCUGCCCGUCGCCUACUGGGUGCUCAACCUAUACAGCGCCAGCAGGUACCCCCUCUUCUCCAACGAGCUCUUCGACGCCUCCGGCCAGCUCUACAACAUCCACAACAUCGUCAACGACAAGUUCGAGAUCGACAUGGAUGCCUACGCGAAGCAGGGCAGGAUCCACCUCAGUCUCUUCUUCGCCGUCAGCUAUGGCCUCGGCUUCGCCACCAUCGCCGCCACCUUGAGCCACGUCACAUUCUUCUACGGCAAGUAUGUCCUUGUUACUAAAUCACCGACAUUUUAGCUGCUCGUGUUGCAG